UGUAAGUGAGGUGUUUAAUAGAUCCUACAGUUAAAACAGUGAUGAAGGACAGAAGCGUGACCAGGAACAUUAUCUUAAAAUCAUGUGAAGAUCAGCUGUUAUUUCAGCAUAACCUUUGGACAUUUAUUCCAAACUAAGCUUUUCCUCAGCGGUUUAAUCAUAAUCUGUCUUUGUAUAAUCUUAUUGUGCAUUGAUAGGUUUAAAGUCUGAUGAAACAAACCCUCAUUGAGCACAGAUGCAGUGAAAACCGUCUGUCCAAGCCCAACACGGCAUUUCUGCAGAGUCUCUCUCCUGGACCGGAUCUGAAGAAACUGACGCUGCUGAUGGAUUUCUCUGGGAAAUACCAGCUGGAGUCUCACGAGAACUUCGAGGCCUUCAUGAAGGCCGUUGGGCUGCCGGAUGAUGAGAUCGAGAAAGGCAAAGACAUCAAGAGCAUCUCAGAGAUCCAUCAGGACGGAAAGGACUUUAAAGUGACUGUGACGGCGGGAACCAAAGUGGUCCUGUACUCGUUUACUGUGGGAGAAGAGUGUGAACUGGAGACCUUCACUGGAGAAAAAGCUAAAAGUGUGGUUCACAUGGACGGGAAUAAGCUGAGGGUGUGUGUGAAGGGGAUCGAGUCUCUGACAGAGCUGAACGGAGACACCAUCAUUAACGUAAGACUGAACACCAUCAUCAUCAUCACCUUCAUCAUCAUCACCUUCAUCAUCAUCACCUUCAUCACUGUACAGCACCUGAAGCUCAAUCCCGUGUCGUUUCAGGUCCUCACCUUCGACGGCAUCGUCUACAAGCGGUUCAGCAUACGCAUCUCCUGAUCAGACGCAGGUGACCUUCUCACUCACACACACACACACACACACACACACACACACACACA